AUGUGCAAGAUUUCUUUCCCAAUAAUUUCCCCUUUAGCCUCUUUGUACGUUCCCCUUCUUUAAUCCCCCACCAUGAAAAACCAGAUAAGAAAGUUAGUUAAAAGUCACAAACCAAGAACCUUCAAAAAGCACCUGCAUAUAAAGUUAACCAUACCCCAAAAGAUAUGUGUGUAUAUAUAUAUAUAAUAUAUAUAUAUAUAUAUUCCUUUGCUUUCCAUCUCUUUCUAUAAUAAAAGUAAGAAAGAUUGGAAAUUUCUGAACAAGAAAAAGGAAAAGACAAUUUAUAAUACACUACACUGUACAUCUAUCUAUUUUGUUAUGGGAAAGUCUCAAUUUUCUACUGGCGACCUUCAAGCACUGGCCAAAAUAGUCUCCUUCCAUAAGCCAAAACCCAAAAAAUCACAACUCAUAAUUCCUUUCAAGUCCAGAGAAGUCGGGCCUAUUGACACAGACCAACUCAAGGUGAAGAAAAUGGAAGAGAGCAGCAGCAGUUCUCUCAUUCUUGAUGGCAAGAAUCGCUUGCCACUUUCUAAUGUAGUCUCUGAUUGUGUAAGACGAUGGUUUCAAGAUACACUUAAGGAAGCAAAAGCUGGUGAUAUUUCUAUGCAAGUUCUUGUAGGUCAGAUGUAUUUUAAUGGCUAUGGUAUUCCUAAAGAUUCCCAAAAGGGGCGUGCAUGGAUUAACAGAGCUUCAAAAAGUCGAGUUUCAGCAUGGAAAGAUAUGCUGCAAGUGACUCAGAUUCGGAUGAAGGAAAGGAUGAUGCAGAUAAUAAUAGAUAGUAUUACUUGUUGAAACUUAAAGUUAGAAUCUGAGUUGUUCUUCAGUAGUAUCUCAGCUUGUCACAACAGUCCGGAGUUAAUCACUUCUUUUCGAUUUUGUUCAUGUAGUUUAGUUUUGUAAUUUUUUGUUGAACUCUUAAGUGUAUUUACCAUUGGUGCUGUACUCAAUUACAUCUUAAGGUUCAUGUCCUCAUCAA